AUGUCGUUGAGAGAGGUUGCUUUACUUGCGAAGGGUGUGGCGGAUCGCCGUCCGUCGGGGCCAGCUCAGGCGACUGAGCUGAUCCCGGUGGCGGCCCCAUCCGGCCCCCCACUUACGACAGCUGACAAUGACAGGAUUGACUCUUCGGAUUCUGAUGCGCCCUCUCGUGAUCGAGUGUUCAUUCUUAUAAACAAACUCGCACAUGGGGGCUCCUACCCUGGUCGAAAGGACGACGAGGCGGCUAUACUCGCCUUCUGUAACAUUCGGAAGGCUGCCACUCUGCCGUACACGAGGCAACAAGUGCCGGGUGUGCCACCGAGAGCCCCGCUGGUCGCAUCGCGCGAGUCUGCGGUCCCGGCGGUGGCGGCCUCGGCGGGAGUAGCGCCGCUGGCCUCGACCACUGAAGAGGUCGAUGUGCCCCCGGUUGCACCCCUGGUCCCCGAGACACAAGAAGAGCCCGUGGCUACGCUAGCUGCGGCCACCGAGAUGGAGGACAUCGACCUGCCUGACGCAAAUUUGGCUGAGGCGAUUGCCGAGUCAGAGCGCCUCGAGGGCUUUCCGCCCUUCCACCACGGAGUCUGGGACAUCGCGGGCUCCUCCGCGAGCGCCGCCUCGCUGAGACCGACGAAGCCGCGGCGGCCCACUCGUCCACCUGCCACCUCCCGGCAGCCGGACGAGGAUGGUUUUGUCGCCCCUCCCAGGAGGCACACUGCCAGGGCUGCUGCACUGCAGCAACCGACGCCGCUGCCGACGCCUCGUGCUGCGCCGCAAUCGGCUGCCGACGCUCCACGGCAGUCGUCUACUACGGAGUGGCCGCAACCGGCCACCCCAGUGGCGGAGGCCGCCCCAGCAGCCGACACCGCCCCCUCGGCCACCGACGCAGCCGAGCUCCGACAUUUCAAGAGGCAGAGGACGCUGCACAAGUACUUCAAAAAGAAUAUGCUGCUAUCAUCGUAUCAACUAGAAAAACAAUACCUGAAACAGAAGCAUCCAUGA